GGCAGUCUCUUCUUCCUGAGCCCGGCUGUCUCUCCGCCCUCCAUGCUGUGACUGGCAGUCUCUCUCCUCCUCCCUGAGCCCGGCUGUCUCUCCACCCUCCAUGCUGUGACUGGCAGUCUCAGUAUGACAAGGGGUCGUCUCCCUCCACCCCUCACAUGUUAGGCGGUCUCUGUCCUCCCUGUCUGGCUGUCUCGCCCUCCCCUCCUUCUGUGUGAAAAAGAAACCAACUUCAGCAUUGACUGUCUCUUCCCCUGUCCCUGUCUGUCUCUUCCCCUGUCCCUGGCUGUCUCUCCCUCCUCUCUCCCUGACUCUGGCUGUCUCUCUCUCCUCCCCCUGAUCUCUGUACCUUUAACUGUCUCUCCUCCCCUUGAACUCUGACUCUGAGACUCACAGGAAGAGACAGAUCCAUGGCAGAGACCUCCUGAGACAGACGGAGAGGAGACCUCAGGCCGUUGCCAUGGCGAUGCGUGGACUGGUGGACACGGAAUGUGGGGGGACGAAUCCCCUGAUGAAGCUGACCGGUCACUUCACCCAGGACAAGGGUCUGCGGCAGGAAGGACUGCCCAGUGUGGCCUGGCCCCCGGGGGCCACCGCUAUCUCGAAGCCUCUCGGAGAAGCUACAGAAGAUGAGCUGGUGUCGGAGUUCCUGCAGUCCCGCGCGCCCUCCCUGCACGCUCGAGCCCCUCACACCUUCAAGAUGGACGGCCUCCUGGCAGAAAUGCAGCAAAUCGAGCAAAGCAGUUUCCGCCCUGAGCCCCUCCGAGCUCCUGGUGUUGCAGAUCUUGCUCUGUCUGAACACUGGACUGAUGAGUUUCUACAGCAAGAACCAGCGGUAGAGGAAGAGGACUGGAGCCGGGAGUUCAUAGAACAGGCAGACCCCCUUUCAUCCCCCUCUCGCUGGGCAGAGGAAUAUCUCCAGCAAUCGGAGGAGAAACUGUGGUUGGGAGAAAGCGAAGGAGCGAUGGCAGAAAAAUGGAGUGAAGAGUACCAACCUGAAGACGACUUACAGAGGGAAGCAAAAUCUCUUCUUUCCCAAGUCACAGACCCCAAACUAACCAACAGCCAGUUCUUACAAUUUGUGAGGAAGAUAGGAGACGGGGAGGUGUCUCUCUCGCAGAAUCCGAGCGCUCCUUCCCAGACGGUCUCGCAGGCAGAGCAGUGGUCAGAACAGUUUAUACAAGAGCAGGCCGUCUCUGAACAGUGGGUCGAUCAGUUCACCCCCAUGGAGAAAGAGUUUGAUUCUGCAAAGGCUGCAGUGGAGGCUGAUGUUGAUUUCUGGGACAAACUUCAAGAGGAAUGGGAGGAGAUGGCCAAGAGGGACGCAGAGGCCCAUCCAUGGCUGUCAGAUUUUCAGGACUUGUCUGCCAAGUCUUACGAUAAGGGAUACGUGUUUGAGGACGACAAUCCUUUCUCUGAUGAGGCGCAGCCGUUUGAGGCAGGUCUAAAGCGUCUUCGGGAAGGAGACCUCCCUAGUGCAGUGAGACUUUUUGAGAUUGCCGUAAACAGAGAACCCAAGCACAUGGAGGCCUGGCAAUAUUUGGGCACCACUCAAGCAGAAAACGAACAGGAGCUGGCGGCUAUCAGCGCUCUCCGCAGGUGCCUGGAGCUGAAGCCGGACAAUCUGAACGCCCUGAUGGCGCUGGCGGUUAGUUUCACCAAUGAAUGCCUGCAGCAGCAAGCUUGUGAGACCCUGCGGGAGUGGCUGCGGCACAGCCCCAAGUACAACCACCUGGUGAAGGAGGAGGCCGACGCCGGAGAAGCUUCCAGAAAGAAGUCCCUGGGGACGUUACUGUCUGACACCCUGUUCUCCGAGGUUCGGGAGUUGUUCCUUGCUGCCGUCCGUUUGGACCCGAGUCAAGUGGAUCCGGAUGUUCAGUGUGGACUUGGAGUUCUCUUUAACCUAAGCGGGGAGUACCAGAAAGCCGUCGACUGUUUCACGGCCGCGCUGAGUCAGAAGCCGGAUGACUAUCUGCUGUGGAAUAAGCUGGGAGCCACUCUGGCCAAUGGCAAUGACAGCGAGGCUGCGGUGGAGGCGUACCGGCGGGCACUGCAACUGCAACCGGGCUUCAUACGCUCCCGAUACAACCUGGGCAUCGCCUGUAUCAAUCUGGGGGCGCACAGGGAGGCCGUGGAGCAUUUCAUAGAGGCGCUCGGCAUGCAGCAGCAGAGCGGUGGCCAUGGAGGAGCCAUGUCGGACAACAUCUGGAGCACCCUGCGGAUGGCGCUCUCCAUGUUAGGACAGAGUAAUUUAUACGCCGCAGCGGAUGCCCGCGAUCUGGCCACUUUACAGGCGGCGUUUCCUCCACCUUCCACCCCUGCGCAAUGACCACAGUCUGACCGGCUGCCGUGUGAGUGCAUGCUCGCCGGGCUCAGUGAAUGCAUCGGGAAAGCGGACCCCGCAAUCGUGCACUAAGACUCCACAGACCGGAGCCAAGUAUCACCCCCCCCCCCCCCCCAUCCUGUGAUGCCCCCCCCCCCCUGGCCGGACCCCCUUAACAAAAGGCUUGAUCUUUCACUCCAUUGGCUGGCACAGGGAUGAAGGGACAAAGCUGAUUCUUGUAAUUAACAUACUGAUUUUAUUUAAUUACCUUGUGUAGCAGGAGACGGUACUGUGGGCGAGCGGCCAUCGUUAGCGGACUGCGCGGCAUCUUCACCCCGCCCCUCCAGGACAUUACAACCGGUGACCGCCGUCAUUACUUACGUUUCUUGUGUCUGUGCUCAUAGAGAUAGAGUCUACACUAUAUAAGCUGAAUGUGGCUGCAAGAGGACCCGUCGGCUCUUCUCUCUUGUGAGGUCCCUCUGUUAUUCCUUCUGGAAAUGUUAAGAAUCCUAUUGCACGUGGUUGGUACCACGUUCCUCGUCAAUGGGUGCGUGUACACCGUGCUGCCCGUGUCAGGCUGUGUAGGGACACACCUGUGCGAGUAGGAGUAACAGAGGGACGGCAAAGUUCAGAGUAAAGGUUUUUCAGAAUUGUACAGCGGACAAGCCCGGUUUACUGCACCAAACAGAAGCGCUCUCUAGUCCUCUUAAAGGAAUUUUCCAUUUUGAAGUUUUCUAAUUUGGUUUCUGGUAUUUUUGGAAUUUUUUUGGGCAAAAACCUGUGACUUUUUGUGUGCUAACACUUAAAAAAAACAAAAAACUGUGGGUGGGGCUUAGUGGACGGGCUGGGGCCACCCGGUUGACAGCCUGUCCGUCUUAAUAAAUUUGGGACAUCUUACUCCACCAGAAUUUUUCCUAAGA